AAUAUGGGGGAGUGAGUGCAGUGAUUUCCACAUCUCCACAUCUCCACAACACGCUACACCAUCUGGCAUCUGCGUUUCCAUCUGUUGAAAUCUCAAGACUUACUUUUAGUAAACGAAGAAAGAUCGAGCAAUCGAUCAAAAUGGGUGCACUGGAUCAUAUUUCUGACUAUUUUGAUUUCUCUUAUUACAGAAGAAGUAGUAGGAACAAGCUUAAGAAGAAGAAGCAAUUGCAGACGGUGGAGAUAAAAGUGAAAAUGGACUGUGAAGGGUGUGAAAGGAAAGUGAAGAAAUCAGUAAAAGGGAUGAAGGGAGUGACCCAAGUGGAAGUGGAACCAAAGAAGAACAAGCUCACGGUGACUGGGUAUGUGGAUCCAAAGAAGGUGUUGCGCCGUGUCCUGUACCGGACGGGGAAGAAGGCUGAGUUCUGGCCUUACGUCCCAUACGAUGUGGUACCCCAUCCAUACGCUCCAGGUGCCUACGAUAAGAAGGCCCCACCUGGGUACGUGCGCAACGUUAUGGUGGACCCUGAGUUCUCCAAGCUGGCACGUGCCAGCUCCAUGGAGGAGAAAUACACCUCCGCAUUCAGCGACGAUAACCCCAACGCCUGUUCUGUCAUAAGCAUAAAUUUUCCUAACAGUAUUGUGUAUGUGAGAAUUUUAAAGGUGAAAACGAAGAAAGUUCGAUCAAACGAAAUGGGUGCUCUGGAUCAUAUCACUGAAAUCUUUGAUUUCUCUCACAGGAGUAGUAGUAGUAAGAAGCUCAAGAAGAACAAACAAUUGCAGACGGUAGAGAUAAAGGUGAGGAUGGACUGUGAAGGGUGUGAAAGGAAAGUGAAGAAAUCAGUGGAAGGGAUGAAGGGUGUGACCCAAGUGGAUUUGGAUCCCAAGAAGAACAAGCUCACGAUCAUCGGGUACGUGGAUCCAAAGAAGGUGUUGCACCGGGUCCAGUACCGGACGGGGAAGAAGGCUGAGUUCUGGCCUUACAUCCCAUACGAUAUGGUGGCCCACCCAUAUGCCCCAGGUGCGUACGAUAAGAAGGCCCCACCUGGGUUCGUGCGUAACGUUUUGGUGGACCCGCAGUCCUCCAAGCUGGCACGUGCCAGCUCUCUGGAGGAGAAAUACGCCUCCGCCUUCAGCGACGAUAACCCCAACGCCUGUUCCGUCAUGUGACUCACGCACCCCACAUGGCUCUCUCUCUCUCUCUCUCUCUCUCGCAGGCUCGCAGCUGCUGCUUCUUUUAUUGCGUUGCAGCUGCUGAUCCUUUCUUCUCAUACUUGAACAUUUCAUUUCACCAAAAAAAAAGUACUUUUGAACAUUUGUUUUUAAAUAUUUGGGUUUAGAUUAUUUUGGUAUUGUUUUGUUAAUUACAUAUUGGUUGGAGUGGGAAUUCUCGGACGUAAAGUACGUUUUGAAAACAGAAGGCUUGUUUGUUUUUUCUGUACAUCCAAUUCAAUAUUCCAUUCUGGAUUUUUUAUUUCAA